AUGGACAUUGAUUCAAACAAUCCUUCAUUGAAUGAGAUUGAGGAAGUUGAAGAAGUAGAAAACAAUUCAUCAUUAAAUGAGAUUGGUGAAGUUGAAGAACCUAAGAAGAGAAUAUGUUUUAGCUCAAAGCAAGAACAUUUUGCAAUGAAUAAGAGAAUUUUUACUCUUGUGAAAAGAAGACUAGAAAUAAACGAUGAAGUAGGGAUAUGGGUGGUUAGAAAUUUUCAUUCUAUAGUUGUUGAAGUCGGGGGGUACGAGGCAUUAACAUUAGAUGAACGAGAUGUAAGGAAUCACAUUGUGAACACUAGAAGAUUGAGGCUUGAGGUAGAAGAUGCCGAAUCAGUUGCACUUUAUUUUCAUACAAUACAACAACAAAAUUCAAACUUAUAUUCUGUAAUUGACCUCGAUGAAGAUGGUCGCAUGCAAAACUUGUUUUGGGCAAAUGUAAGGGGUAGGGCAACUUAUAAAGCAUUUGGGGAUGUGGUUUCAUUUGACACAACCUAUCUCACAAACAAAUAUGAUAUGCUAAUUACUCCGUUUGUAGGAAUUAAUUACCAUGGGCAAUCAAUUUUGCUUGGUUAUGAGCUGUUAUAUAAUGAGAACACGGAAACAUUUGUGUGGCAUUCAGAGAAUGGUUAA